AUGGGGGUUUUUGCGUCGAAGAGCUCAACACAGAGGAAGAAGGAUGAGACCAAAGAAGCCGCAGCCUCCACAAAGCAAGAAAAUGAGACGGCUAAAUCAGGUGUGAACGCAAGUGGUACACCGGCAGGGGCAGAGAGGGUCCCCGCAAAAGAAGCGAACACAUCACCUGCUUUGAAAGAAAUCAGCGAAACUGAUUUGCAUCGGAUGGUGGCCGAUGAGAAGCGGGUGGUUUUGGUUAUUCAUGGGAAUGUGCAUGAUGUCACAGACUUUGUGGCGUCACACCCUGGCGGUGAACAAGCGAUUACGUCCAGGGUUGGAAAAGAGGUCGGCGAUGUAUUCGACCGCAUCCACAGUAAGACCACGAAAAAGAUGGCAAAGGAGUACAUUGUUGGGCGUCUUUCGUCAUUGGGUGCAGAGAUCGGGGACAACGCUACUGAGGAGACAGAUGCACUGCCUUCAUCGGUUAAGGAGGCCACUGUGCUUGACAUUCAGGUGGUAAGGGAGGACGUGAAGAGCAUCACCUUCUCGUGUCCAGUUCCUCUGGAGUUGCUACCGGGAGGUCACAUCAAUGUGUUGGUUCCUGAUGCGUCUGGUAAUGAAUACGUUAAGGAGGGGAGGUACACGCCAUUCAGAUUUACAGAGACUAGCUUUACGAUAGAUGUGAAAAAAUAUCCGGGUGGUGUGGCUUCCUCCUACAUGCACUUACUCGAGUGCGGCCAGACAAUAAAGUACAAGGGGCCACUGGAUCCUCUAUGGAUUGCAGCAAAGGACGAAUUGCUGCAGAAGGAACCAGUGGAGUCAAGACACGUGCUUCUUGUUGCUGGUGGUGUUGGUCUGACACCCCUCUUCGUGAUUGCCGCGGACUUGCUAAGGAACCAGACGGCUUCCGUAACGUUGGUGUGUAGCUACCAAAACAUGGAGGCGCUGUUGCUGCGCGAGGAGGUGGCAGAGCUCGUCAAGGACUACGGUGAUACCUGCGAGAACAAGGAUGACGCCGAGAAAGUGAAUUCCGCCCGCAGAACCAUCCGCCUGCACUACGUCUUCACCCGGUUGACGGAGAUGGUGGAUGUGCCGGAGGCCUUCAAGGUACACUUGGGCCGCUUUGGUCCCGCCGUGGUGGAGGAGCUGAGACCAGCAACGUCUACUGUGAUCUGCGGCCCUCCCUCAUUUGGGGACAGCGUGGCGAAGUGCAUUUCGGAGGGUGGCAUUUGCACCAGCAGGCAAAUUUAUGUGCUGUAG